ACAGGACGGUCCCCGGACAAAGAAACAACAAAGCUCAGCAGAGGGGCAGCUGGCCAACCACAGGCUAACCAGCCCAUCCAUCCAUCCCUUGACGUGAGAGCGAUUUAGCCUUUGCAUUACAUUAUCUCUUGUACUUGGGGUUAUGCACCCCAUCCAUCACCUUCUUACUUCUCUUCUCUUUAUUUUUAUCCUUUAAUUUCCCAAAGUUAUUUGGGCGUUUACGCCAAGACGACAGUGCUAUUAAAAAGAAAACCUCGGUAUUACCUGGGAAUAGAUCAGACUAGCCCAGGACUGAUUUCCCCGCUUACGUACCAACCCCGGUCGAUCACGUCGUUACCGUUGCGAUAAGGCACCGAACGAACGGACUCUGCGCGGGGCUUCUAUCGACAAUCAACAAACAUCCUUGUAUAGGCAGAAGUCAAAGCCCAACAACAUCUCGAACGACUCCGUUUCUCUCCUGCGCUUUAACCAGCCACCGGCGGAAAAGUCAACUUUUUUUAUUCAUUUGCUCUUCUUCUCCUCUCACCAUUCUUUUCUAUUCAUUUGCUGCUCUCUGCCGUCUGCAACUCUGCUGGUUGUUUACUGGAAUGGAUUACUUCGAUAGCCAAGGGCGACGGCCUGAUGACGCCACCGUCCCAUGCACCGACCCGAUGAUCAACCCCGAUAAGAGGACAACGACCAACGCGGGUAAUAGCCCCCUGAAUAACAACACUGUAGAUGCGUCCUCACAAAGGCGUCGUAAUGAUGAAUCUUGGGUCGAGAUCGCCUCGCAGCCAUCCUCCUCGUCGCUUUCGUCCAUCGGCGACGAGAUCGUGACAACCGGUCUGCGCGUCCAUCGUCGCCGACACCAACUACACAACCGCCAACCUCACAGCCAAACCGGCAACAGAAGCGCGAUGCCGCAGUCGUAUCUAGUCAGCCACACCGCUGCACGGGGCAACACAAGUAGUCAGGAGGACAUCGGCACAGAGAGCGAGUCAGAUACGUCACCCUUGCACUUGGGGUCCCGGCAGCAGACAGUUGCGACCGCGGAGAAUCCCUCUUCAGGCUACGAUGACGAUGACGACGAUUCGGGCGACGAGAAUGCCACUGCGCUAGGACGGCCUGCUCCGCCGGCCUUCAGGCCGCAGCCAAAUGCCUUCUCACACCCUCCUAGUCACCUCACUCACAGGCACUCGACGCCUUCGUACUCUAGCAGCGGUCUGAACCCGCACGAGCGCGUUUCGGGUUACCGGAGCAGGCGGUCGUCGUACUCACGGGGCUCGCAUCAACGGCCAAACUUCAUGUCACCCAGCUACAGGGAAGAUAACGAUGCGGCGCUGCGAGCUUCUCUGACAACGCUCCUAUCUUGCGCCGCCGCCGCGCGGGCGCUGCCGAAGCGCAACGGCGAGCCUGAGGCCGUCGUUGCGGGCCCUUCGUCCAACGUGGCUGCCUUGCAGCCGAUGGGGUUGCGGCUCGUUCCCGAGGCGGAGCUCAUGCGCGGGCCGGACGUGUCUCCACGAACGACGUCUCCCCCGGAGCCUUCAAAGGCGCAGGCGCAGACACAGCCUGCGGUGACGCGGACGCCGUCGUCGACAUCGGAGCGCAGCGCCGACAAGGUCAGCAAGCGAUCGCAAAAGUCGGCAUCGGGUCCUGGCAGGGCGACCAAGAAGAAGCGGACCUCCGAGUCAGCUGCAGAUAACAUGUCAGUCGCUGCGACGUACUACAUCAGCCCGACGCUGAUGACUUGGGUGGUCGGCGCCGGGGUCGUGGUGUUGGUGUCGGUCGUCGGGUUCGGCGCAGGUUAUGUGAUUGGCAGGGAGGUCGGACGGCAGGAGGGUGCCGGUGCGAUCGUGGGAGGGGUGGGCCGCAGCGGCAACGCGACGGGCUCGUGCGGGCGCGAGAUUGUGCAAGGGACCGGCACGCUGAGGCGGUUCAGGUGGGGGAGCAUGGGCAGGAGCGUGCUAGCCUGAUGAGAAGUGGUGGCGGUUUCAGCUGACCAGGGGCAAAGUGACGGGCUAUGCAUGCAUGGUAUCUACACGAGGGACGACGGUAUGUUAAAUCUUCUUGGGGCUUGCAUCUUUUCUUUCUUAUCCUCUUCUCCGAGAUAUGGGGUCAAGGUGGAACUUUUCUUCUGUUCCCUCUUCACUCCUUUUCUUAUCAUCAGGUUUCCAGGACUGCUUCAUAUGACCGAGAGGCUGUCGACGUCCAAAGCUCACAUCCUCUUUCUUUUUUAAACUCUCCUCUUUUUUUGGCUUGCUAGAGUCUGCGGGCGUUCCUUAAGCAUUGUUAUUCUCCUUUUUUGGCUUGCAGAUUGCAGCGCUUUUAAAGUCGUUCCUUUUUUUUUCUAGCAAGAAUGUUUCGAGGUGGUUUCUUCAUCCUGGUUCUCGAUUAGUUGUUCUGGGUGGCUACUCUGUUGAAUCUUUUGUUAUAACAUGAAAGUGUGCCGCCGAUGGUUAGCAUUUGAGCAUCUUGCUUGCUCUGUCUCUCUCUUAUGGAUUCUCGUUUGGCUUUUCCUCGACGUUUGUGGGUGGAUAUACCUCUUUUUUUCUUCUUUCUGUAACGAGACCAAUCUUCGCAUACCUAGGCAACAAGUUCUAUUCGAGUGGCAACUAUCUGAGCGUGUCGCCUUUUUGAGUUGCUGGAGUUUUCUAGUCGUGUGCUAUCACGCUGUGAGGUUCUGUAGUGGAUGAGAUAGAUAGCAAUGAACCUACUGCGGCGUGUUAUCUGACCGUCUGGGCGCCUGG